AUGUUUUUUAUUGGCGCCACUGUGGAUAUCAACCUGGAUCUUCAGAAACGAAAAAUGGCCCUCAACAUCUCCAUUCAUGAGCCAUUUCCGUUCCUCGAUCUUCCCCUAGAGUUGCGAUUGAUAAUCUACAAAUUUCUCCUCUCUUUCGACGAAAUAUACAUUGAAAAACGUGUCCGCGACAGAGAUGUUGACCCCCACAGAAGUGGGACCUGGAUGCAACAUAACCCCAUCAACAAUCCACUGGCAAUUAUGUCUAUCCCCGAGGAUCAGCCGCUUCUCGGGUCCCCAUUCACCCACUCCGAAACCCACUCUCAACAUGGAUUGACCAUCAUAACUUGCACUGCCUCGGUAUUGUUUAUUGCCAGUGCAAUAAACAACCUCGUCGCCCUCAAUAUCACACAACACUCAUCCGAGUUCGGAUUAGACCCCGGAGUUGAAUUAUGGCCAAUGUCAAUGCACUAUCUUGCUCAAGGUUGCACAUUCCUGCUGGCAGGAUCUUUAGCAGACGUUCUAGGCAGUAGGAGAACAUUCCUGUGCGGAUGCUUUUUACAGACUGUUUGCCAUAUGGCUAGCGGGCUUGCUCGAACUGGCAUGCAGUUUAUUACUGUCAGAUUUGUGUCCGGCGUGGCUUACCCGAUGUGUUUCGUUUCUGCAAUGAGCAUUCACAGGGAGAAUCUUCCAGUUGGUAAGAUGCGCAAUUUGGCAUUCUCCUGUACCAGUGCAAGUCAAUAUAUUGGCUCCGGGGUAGGCAUCGUCCUUAGUGGAAUACUCUCAGAGACUGUUGGUUGGCGAUGGGGCUUUCAUUGCGCUGCAAUUUUGAGCCUAUUUGGGUUUCUCCUAUCAUUUUGCAGGAUUCCCCAACAGGCCGAAGAGCCAAAAUACGUCCCAUGGGCAGACUUGGCUGAAGGUAUCGAUUGGUCUGGAACUCUGCUGGCUAGUUCAUUGAUGGUACUUCUAUUCUCUGCAUUGGCCGUCAUCACAAACAAUGUGCAAAACAUUGGCAGAUCGGGCCUCUUCAUUCCUCUUGCUCUUGGUUGGAUUCUUGUGGUUGCCUUCCUGUUCUGGCAGGAUUGCUGGGAAAGAGACAGCACACAACACAUUCAGAAUUCUCUUUGGACAAAUUGCCAUUUUCUUUCCAUUGGUUUGGUUAUUUUCUUCGUCUACGCGUCUUCUCUCUCUACUUCGCAGCUUAUGAUCUUCGUAUUCCAACGAGUACAAGGGCUCUCGGUUCGACAAUCUUCUUUCCAAUAUCUGGCAAUUCCAAUCGCCGCCGCGCUGAGCAGUCUGGUCACUGGACGUUUCUUGACUCGUGUUACAGCCAACCAGAUACUCGUCAUUGCAAUAUCACUUUCUAGUUUCUCUCCACUCUUGAUGGCUACAUUGAGCACAGCUUGGCCUUGCUGGAAAUAUGCAAUGCCUGCCCUAUCAUUAAACCCGGUGGCACCAAAUUCCGUUAUCCCAAUUGCCACAAUGCUGGUCGCUGGGUCUUUUCCCUCAGAGACUCAGGAGUUUGCAAUGGGGGUGCUCUGUACUGUGGCAAUGAUCGGAGCCUCCGUAGGCAUGGCACUGACGGCGCUUAUCUCAAACGAUGUCAGCACACAGCAGCUCCAGAAACCCGACCAGAGUACUUCUUUAGAAUCCCCAGAGAUAUGGAUGAGCGGUUAUCGGACUGCAUUCUUGUUCUUGCUCUCUCUAAACUUGGUCGGCUUGGCCGUCACUUUUGGCUGCUUGCGAAAACUUGGAUUCUUAGGUCGGAAAUUGGAUAUAGACCAUUAA